GCUUCCUCAUCGUUCGAAAAAAAAACGAGCUUCUGGAGAGGAUUUCAAUCGCCGAUAAUUCCAGCCCUUCAAUCGUCUUCUCCACCAUCGCCGUCCGUGUGUGUGUACGCGGGAGGAGAUAACGAGCAGCAGCCGAUCGAGCAGUCCAUUACCGUCGAGCGAUUGAGUAGUAAGAUCGAACAUUUCAUCAACAAACAUCAGCGGCCAUUCUUGUUCAAUCGCGAGCCGUCGGCGGUCCUGCCGGAGAAGAGAGCGCGAAGCCGGAAGUCGGGUUCUUCAGCGGCCGGCGAACCUGCACAUUUUGAAAUUCUCUCGUUCAAAAUGUCCGAUAUAUCCCCAGAAUCCAUCGUCAUCCAGCUCCCCGACGAGCAUCCCCGGCUACCGCUCGACAUCGCCGAAAACAUCCUCUGCCGCCUCCCGGUGAAGACCCUCAAGCGCUUCCGUGCCGUCGACAAAUCGUGGCGUGCACUGAUCGACAGCGAGAGCUUCGCCAAGGCACACUUUCACAGCUCUCUGGCUUCCAACUCCAACCGGAGCAUCAUCACCGGCAUUUUUGGCUUUCACUCGAUGAACCUCGAGUCUCUCAGCACCCCGACGGAUAUGGACCCACCGUUCGACUACAACAACAAGGACGUGGACUCCAUCUCGAGAUCCGUCAAUGGUUUAAUCGUGGUGACGAGAGAGACCGAGCCUCCGAUUUUGUGGAACGUCUUCGCCAGAGAGCACAAGGUUCUCCCCAGAUGCCAUGUUAAAUUGGCGCCCAGAUUGGCCAAUGCCUGUGAGAACAUGUACGGAUUUGCCUAUGAUGAGGAGAAUGACGACUAUAAGGUCGUCAAGGUCAUGUGGCACAAAAAACGGCCAUUGUCCGAGGAGUGGAUUUACAGCCUGAAGUCGGAUUCAUGGAGGAAAACAAAGGCCAUGAAAUACCAGAUGGGACACUGGCCAGUCCCCUUCAGAGGCGCCCUGCAUGCACUUGCUGGCAAUGAUGGCGUGAAGCUGAUGGGCUUCAACAUCGUGACAGAGACGAAUUUCGAGUUGCCGUUGCCCCAGUUUGAUUACGAUAUUGAGCGUCCUCAUUUGACGCUCGAGCUAUUCGACGGGACGAUGUUAGCACUGGCAUGUGUGUAUGCGUCAAAUGUUGUGAUUUGGGUGAUGAAGGAUUACGGGGUGGCAGAGUCGUGGCAGGUGAUAUUCUCGAUCCCGAACACACAGGGGCCCAUGUGGCCUCUUGCUCUCUCCAAGGAUGGGGAGAAGAUUCUCGUCAAUUACCGGGGCACACAAUUUGCGUAUUUCGGCUUGAAAAACCGCUUAAGCGUCCAAGACAUUGCUUUGCCGUUCAUAGUGUGGCCGAGGCUGAUUGUGGAGACGUUGAUUUCACCUCACUUCUGGGACAGGAGGAAAGCUGUGGCAGAUACCUCGACUAAGGAACAGAAGAAGAAGAAUGGGGGAAAGGGGAGCAAGGGCAGGAAGAAGAAGGGGAGUAAGGAUGACCAUGACCUCUCAGCUCAAUUCAACUUGGUUCUGUGAAAUUCAUGAGGUG